AUGCCAUCCAUGUGGAAAAAGACGAAAGGGUCCUCCAAAAGGGGAUUUGACAAGGCAUGGCACACGCUCGACAAGCUGGGCGACCCUGUCAACCGGCUGUCCAACCGCGUCGGUGCGGAAGCCUUCUGGCCCAUGACUAUUGACAAGGAGAGCGACAAAGCCGCUCGCAUCCUGCGCAGCUUUUGUAAGGAUGGCUUCUACUCCGACGAUGUUUCUGAGCAUCAGAGUCUGGACAGCGAGGCAAGUAAAAAGCCCGGGAAGAUUACCAAGCCGAAGGGGAAACAGCGCGUCAUCAAGAAGAUUCCGACUUCGGUCAUCCAACGGGCCAAAGGCCUAGCGAUCUUCACCACCAUGCGGACCGGUUUGUGGCUCAGUGGCUCAGGAGGAAGUGGCGUGCUCCUGGCGCGCAUACCGGAGACAGGCGAAUGGAGUCCUCCUUCCGGUAUUAUGCUCCACACGGCUGGCAUCGGAUUUCUAGCCGGCGUCGAUAUCUACGACUGCGUGGUCGUUAUCAACACUCAUGAAGCGCUGGAGGCAUUUAAAAAGGUCCGCUGUACUUUGGGAGGAGAAGUGAGCGCAUCGGCGGGUCCGGUAGGAAUUGGAGGUGUGCUCGAGUCGGAAGUUCACAAGCGCCAGUCUCCAAUUUGGACGUACAUGAAAAGUCGCGGUCUCUACGCAGGGGUUCAGGUAGAUGGAACCAUCAUUAUCGAACGCACAGACGAGAACGAGCGUUUCUACGGCGAACGUAUAUCGGUCACUGAUAUUCUGGCGGGGAAAGCGAAAAACCCUCCGGCAUCAAUCAAGACCCUGAUUCAGACCAUCAAAGCCGCACAGGGUGACUCCGACAUAGACGAACGCCUAGUCCCUCCUCCUGGGGAGACGCCCGGCGAUGUCGACCUACAAACGACUCCUGGAACCUUUGGGAUUCCCGACCCGGAAGAUCCCGACCCAUUUGGAGUGAAGGCAUUAGAAGCAGAAGGUCUCUUCAUUCGGGAGGCCGGUACGAGAGCUCGGCCCAGCGUAGAGGUCUUUGACUUCAAGCCCAGUCCGAAUAGUCCUGUCUAUGCCACCUUCCAACGCAGCCUCGACAGCUCACCGCGAAACAGCUGGCGAGCCAGUGUGCAAAGUUACGCCAGUAUUGAUAGAGGCACUCAGACUGAUGGCGCCCCGGCAACCGCACCCACGUCUAUUAGCCGGGCAUCGUCUCGGAGCAAUCGAGACUAUGCAGACCGUAUCGAGAUGAGCACCUGGGAUAGCGAGGAGAAUCGCUGGGAGACGAUCAUCCCGGAACGAAGGAACGAGACCCAUGUUUGGGAAGCCAACGAGGAGGAGAACGAUGAUGAUGAUGAUGAAAAAGAACUCCUAGAUGAUGACGACGUUGAGAUUCACGAAGCCAGCAGUACCACUAUCACCAAACGUGAGAGUGCUGCGAACUCACCUUCCCCCGCGUCCUUGGAGGAUCCAACUGUCCCCGCUGAUCUGAGAGGCCAGUCGCCCACCUUCACUCGCGCACGACUCGUCACCAUUCCCAAGCGGGUUCCCCCUGCACUGCCCCCCCGGAACCCUCAACGAGCACCUUCUUCCAUCUCCACCCCCACCUCCCCUACCUCUGUUCCUUCAUCUCCCGAUGGUCGAUACUCAGUGACAUCCACCUCCGGACUUGCCGUAGUGGAUGAGCUCAACGAGCUUCCUUUCCAUCCCGCCAAUGACACAUCUAGCGUCGCAUUCAAGGACGCUGAAGUCCACAACCCCCUCACCCGGACUUGCCCCGACAAAGACGAAUUCCACUCCUUAUCAAGUGCUGUAUCAUCAUACUCAGUAUCGGACCGCGCAUCCGACACCGAGUUCAGUACCAAAGAGGCCUCCCUCUCCGACUUCACCCCAUCCAAGACGGAAAAUCCAUCCGACAGUGUCGAAUCCGCCGAAGCACCACUGGAAACCACCAAGACGAUCACUAAAAAUGAUGCCCACACGACCACAGCUCUCCACUCUCAUGCUGUAUAA